AUGUGUGAUAAUCGCUACUGGCACUCCGCCUGCCUCACCUGUUCCAUGUGCGGGCACUCUCCCUCUCCGCACGGCGAGUCGCUGUACGCCUACCGGGGCAACCUCAUCUGCAAGCCCGACUACAUGCGCGUGAAGGCCGUCUGCUCCUGCUGCAAGCGCUCCAUCGGCCCCUCCGACCUGGUGAUUCGCGCCAAGAACUUUGGCUUCCUCCACGACACCUGCGUCUACUGUCGCAUGUGCAGCAGCAAGCUCAACCCCGGCGACCGGUACUGCUGGACGACGGACAACCAGCUGGUCUGCCAGAAGUGCGUCGGACCGAAUGGCAGCGCAAUGAUGGCCGGCGGCGGGCAGAUGAUGGCCGCGCCCAAUGGACCGGGCCAAAUGGAUGGCGGCUAUCACAUGCAGGGACCAGGUCAACAGCAACAACAACAACAACAGCAGCAGCAGAUGUCAGGAAGGCAAAUGGGUGGUCCUGGUGGUGGAGGAGGAGGCGGUCCGAUGAAUGGCCCGUACAUGGGCGGCGGAGGAGGAGGUGGACCGAAUGGGUCGAUGAUUAAGAUGGAGCACAACGGCUACGGCAAUGGCAUGAACGGCAUGGGACACCACAUGGGACAACCACCGCCGCAGUCCUCUCAGCAGCAGCACAUGAACCACCACCACAUGCAGGGACCAGGCACGCCCGGUGCCACUCCGACGCCCCCGCCAGCACCGACCACCGGCGGACGAAGAGGGCGGAAAAAAGCGGCACCGCCAAUGUAA